AGGAGUCUAUCUUCGGCAGAGUCUACCUUGGUGCUGGAACAAGUGGGAGCAGACUUUUUUUGUGUGUGUGGAGUUAUUCUCAAGUACAGAGGGACGUUAGCUUUUCUUUUCCUUUUUUUUAAUGAGGGAGAAUACUCACCUAAAAUUCAGCAGGUCUCAACAGGGAAGAUUCCAGGAGUGUUGCCAUGUUCAAGGCGGUUCUAAAGAAGAACAGAGACGGCAAAGCAAGCAGGAAGGAUUCAGGAGAUGUUCACAAUGCCCAAAGACGAUUCUCACCUGAAGGAAACCUCCUGCCCGCAGGCCUCGGCAGCAGCCACCCAAAUGUUCCAGAUGAUGUUUUCAGACUAAGCCUGGCCAAGGGAGCGUCCAUGUCUCUACCCUCCUCGCCUCUUCUUCCACGACAUUCCUUCAUGUUGCCUUUACGGCCCAGCAAAAGAUCUCCAGGUCCGGUCAGGAAGCCCAAGUAUGUGGAGAGUCCUCGCGUACCUUCCGAUGCCAUUGUAUCAGCGCUAAGGAAAGUGGGCGAGAAUAAGGAAUCAGCCCGCUAUGAGCGGCAAGCGGAGAAACCGCCAAGCUCCUCCUCCUCCCCCGCCACCCAGGAACUGAUGACAAGGCUGGGCUUCUUACUGGGAGAAGGCAUCCCGGGUUCGGCGCGCAUACCUAUGGACGACAAGAAUGAAAAGAAGUGCUCUGCAACCAACCACGGUAUCAGCCCCUGCUCCACGCUGACAAGCAGCACCGCCUCGCCCUGCACAGACAGCCCGUGUUCCACGCUCAACAGCACCACCGGCCGACCCCCGCUCUGCCGCGCCAGCCCGUGCGGGACCAUCACUAGCCCGAGCUCCACCCUCGAGAGUAAGGACAGCGGAAUCAUAGCCACCAUCACCAGUUCCUCGGAAAAUGACGACCGCAGCGGCUCCAGCCUGGAGUGGAGCAAGGACGGCAGCCUGAGAGGCAACGCUCGCCAUGGCCUGGCGCAGACCAUGCGGGCCGACACCUGCUCUCCUGUGGAGGAGGAAGACUCCAACGGCGCUUCGGCCACCCCGACCGAUAGCGCCGCCAAGACGGACCAGCAGCACGGCAACGCGGCGGCAGCGGCCGUAGGACCUCCGCCAGCGUCCUGCCAGGCGUCUGACGGACCAAAUCAAUACGCUCAACAAACCUCUUCUCUUCUGAUGAUGCCCAGGCCCAACUCCGUAGCAGCAACCAGCUCCACCAAACUGGAAGACCUGAGCUAUCUCGAUGAACAGCGCAACACACCGUUGCGGACGUCCAUUCGCCUUCCCUGGCACAAUACGGGAGGGAGGCCACCUCAGGACGCCAAAGGUCGUUUCUCCCCGUACAAACCGGCGGACAUCAUGCUCAAGCCUCUGUUGUUCGAAGUGCCCAGCAUCACCAUGGAUUCGGUGUUCGUGGGCCGAGAUUGGCUCUUCCAGAAACUGGAAGACGUCUUGAAGGACGGCGAGUCCGCCGAGAGCCACGGCGCUGUGAUUGUGGGAAGCGUGGGUUACGGGAAAACGGCCAUCAUCUCCCGGAUGGUGGCGCUGAGCUGCCAUGGCGGACGCAUGCGGCAGAUUGCGUCCAACAGUCCCGGCGCCUCUCCCAAAAGUGCUGUUGGUUCAAGCCCAGAACUUCCCCUCAGCCAGCCCCCACAGCCCACUCCCCCCUCGAGUGCGGCGAAUACAUUGAGGACCAAUAGUUGUCCGGGAACGCCAGAAAUGCAGCGCCGCAGGGAGGAGGCUGUCAAACGGCUGGCUGCAAAGGUGGUGGCCUAUCAUUACUGCCAAGCAGACAACACAUACACCUGUUUGGUGCCGGAGUUCGUGCACAGCAUCGCCGCCCUGUUGUGCCGAGCGCACCAACUCAAUUCGUAUCGGGAACUCUUGCUGAAAGAGCCCCACCUCCAGAGCAUGCUGAGUCUGCGCUCCUGCGUCCAGGACCCCAUGGCGGCUUUCCGACGAGGCGUCCUUGAGCCUCUGACCAACCUUCGGAAAGAGCGGAAGAUUCCAGAGGAGAAUCUCAUCAUUUUGAUAGACGGACUGAACGAAGCCGAAUUCCAUAAACCCGAUUAUGGAGACACCAUCGCCUCCUUCAUUACAAAGAUCAUAACCAAGUUCCCUCCGUGGCUUAAACUGGUGGUCACUGUCCGUGUCAGCUUGCUGGAGAUCACGGGCCUCCUGCCUUUCGCCAAGAUCUCUCUGGACGACUUUUCGGACAAUAACGAGAUAAGCAACGACCUCAACGCGUACAUCCAGUACCGCGUCGGCGGCAGCAAGGACAUCAUGAACAACAUCAGCCUGAACGGCAAAGCCGACCCGCCGACGGUGGGAAAGCUGAGCGGCCACCUGGUUUCCCGCAGUCAGGGCUCCUACCUGUACCUCAAACUCACCCUGGAUCUGUUUGAGAGGGGCCACCUGGUGAUCAAGAGCUCCAGCUACAAGGUGGUGCCCGUCUCGCUGGCCGAGCUCUACCAGCUGCAGUGCAACAUGAAGUUCAUGAGCAACUCGGCCUUCGAGCGCUCGCUGCCCAUCCUCAACGUGGCGCUGGCCUCGCUGCACCCCAUGACGGACGAGCAGCUCUUCCACGCCGUCAACGCCGGCGACGUCCGAGGGGAGCUGCCCUGGGAGGACUUCCAGCAGCGCAUGGACCUGCUGUCGGGCUUCCUCAUCAGACGCCGCGACAAGACGCGAAUGUUUUGCCACCCGUCCUUCAGAGAGUGGCUCGUGUGGAGGGCGGACGGCGAGAGCACCGACUUUCUCUGCGACCCGAGGACUGGCCACGCGCUCAUCGCAUUCAUGCUGUCCCGCCAAGAAGGGAAACUGAAUCGGCAGCAGACCAUGGAAUUGGGACACCACAUUCUCAAGGCGCACAUCUUCAAGGGGCUGAGCAAGAAAACAGGCAUGUCGUCCAGCGUGCUGCAGGCCUUGUGGAUCAGCUGCAGCGCCGAUGGCCUCUCCGCAGCGUUGGCCUCUCUGAGAAACCUCUACACCCCCAACGUGAAGGUGAGCCGUCUGCUAAUGCUGGGAGGAGCCAACGUCAAUUACCGCACGGAGGUUCUGAACAACGCGCCAGUCAUCUGUGUCCAGUGCCACCUGGGUCAUCUGGAAAUCGCCUCCUUGCUGCUGGAGUUCGGCGCCAGCGUAGAGGUAGUGUCGGAAACCGGGAUGAACGCCCUCUGCUACUCGGCCGCUGCGGGGCACUUGAAUCUGGUCGUGAUGCUCUGCAAGCGGGGGGCCAGGGUCGAGCAUACAGAUAAGAGCGGCCAGUGCGCUCUCGUGCACGCCGCUCUCCGAGGGCAUCCCGAUAUCAUCCACUACCUGCUGGAGAUGGAAUGGAGCGCCGAGGGGCAGCAGCAGGACUGCGCUUUGAAGAGCCGAGCCCUGCAGCAAGCUUUGAUAGGAGCGGCCAGCAUGGGCCAUACUCAGGUUGUGAGCAGCUUGCUGGCAGUGAAUAAUGAGUACGCCGUGCAAAUUGAUAGCCAUGACACUCUGUGGGGGGAGACAGCGUUGACGGCAGCCGCCGGCCGAGGCAAGAUGGAGGUAUGCGGCUUUCUGCUGGAGAGGGGGGUGACGGUGCAGCAGGUCAACCGGCGGGGGGUGUCUCCGCUAUUCUGCGCCGUCAGACAGGGCCACUGGCAGAUUGCCGAGCUGCUGUUGCAGCACGGUGCGGACAUUAACGUCAGCGACAAGCAGGGCAGGACAUUACUGAUGGUGGCGGCCUGUGAGGGUCACCUGAGCACCGUCGACUUUCUGCUCUCCAAAGGUGCGUCUCUCACUUCCAUGGACAAGGAGGGUCUUACGGGUCUCAGCUGGGCGUGUUUGAAAGGACACAAGAACGUCGUGCAGCUUUUAGUGGAGAAAGGCGCCGUGAUCGACCACACCGAUAAAAACGGACGAACUCCGCUGGACCUGGCCGCCUUCUUUGGAGAUGCAGAAAUCGUCCAGUAUUUGGUGGAAAGAGGGGCAGUGGUGGAGCAUGUGGAUUACAGUGGCAUGCGGCCUCUGGACCGAGCCAUCGGCUGUCGCAACACGUCGGUGGUGGUCACACUGCUGAAGAAAGGGGCCAAGCUAGGUCACAGAGCGUCUCCUUGCGAUCGAUCAGGCAAUGCCGCUUGGGCCAUGGCCACCUCGAAGCCUGAUAUCCUCAUCAUCCUGCUUCAGAAGCUCAUGGAGGAGGGGAACCUGCUUUACAAGAAAGGCAAGAUGAAGGAGGCGGCUCAGAGGUACCAGUACGCUUUGAGGAAGUUUCCCAGGGAGGGUUUCGGAGACGACCUGAAGGCCUUCAAAGACCUGCGGGUCUCUCUCUACCUCAAUCUCUCGCGCUGUCGCAGAAAAACCAACGACUUUGGGAUGGCUGAGGAGUUUGCCACAAAAGCACUGGAGCUGAAACCAAAAUCCUACGAAGCCUUUUACGCCCGUGCGCGAGCGAAAAGGAGCAGCAGAUGUACAUUGUCUUGCAGACAAUUUGCGGCCGCACUGGCCGACUUGCACGACGCCGCCAAGCUGUGUCCCAACAACCGGGAGAUCCGCCGCCUGCUGGCUCGCGUGGAGGACGAGUGUAAGCAGAUGCAGCGGGCGCAGACCACCAAAGGCGGAACGGACCGAGGGGCCACCGCCGCCUCCUGCAGCGGUGCCGGCAACAUCGGCCAGGCGGCAGGGGGCCACGACUCGGACGGGGAACGUGAUGAUGCCCAGGAAGAGCCGCUGGAGUGGAGCCAAAGACGCUGCGCCGAGGAGGAGGAAGAUGAGGAAGACGAGCGCACACGGUGCCGGUCGCUGGGGAACUACAGCAGUCAUCACCCGGGCAGGCUCCCUCCUCAACGCUACCCUCGGGACCAGCCCCCGGGUCUGCUUCUGCAACCCACCAAGCAGGCCCAAAUUGUCAAGACCAGCUCACACGGAGCCAAAUCCCAGUUUGCUCCCUCCAGCCCCUUGCCAAGCCGACACAUGUCGGGCGUGCUGAAGCCCGGCCCGGGGAUCGACAUCGGACCGCUCGCCCCGCCCGCCGACGAGCCGCCGUACGAGCCGCCGUACGGGAACCGCGUGACUCUGACGGUCAUGACCCACGCCGGCGAGGCGGCGUCCUUUCCCUCCAAAGCGGCCUCGACUCAUUUGGACGCCGAGCCCGCGGGGAACAUGCGCGUGUCCAGCUCCACCAGCAGCCUGGCGUCCAGCGGCAGCUUGUCAGACGGCGGCAAGGUGGGCCCGGACGUCAAGUCCAAACACGGCCAGCAAGGCGGCGAGUACAAACCCAGGCCCUUCAUGGGCGUCACCGACAAGACGGCGCGCUUCCUGCAGCAGAACCCGCAGCCGGCCACCCGCACCUGGAUUAACCACUCAGUCGAGGAGGAGGACGACGACGACGACGCUUUUGGCAAGGCAGCGAGCGGCGCUUACCGCGAGCAACACAGGCCGGUGUUACACAACGGCGGGCCGCUCACCAACCAGUACUCUGACAAGUUCAUCUGUUACAAGGACGCCAAGUCCCUGGCCAACCCCAGCCAAGCCCUGCACAUCACGUCCAUCAAGCCAAAGCGAUCGUUUAUCGAGUCCAACGUGUAGUCCCGGGAGAGUCGUGCCAAAUGUUCCUGCCCGCCACACCUUCUGUCACAAGAUGGACGCUUUGCACUGAUGGAGGGGGAACCAUACUCAAGUGGACAUUCCUGUGUUUCAACAAGCUUGCGCCUCAUAGUUUGUAUUGUUACACUACUCACUAAAAAGUUUGGGAUUUUGGAUGGAGCGUACGGGUGGUGGUAUGCAUGGUGAGCAAGGAAAGGACGAUAGGAGAUGACCUCCUUUGAAAUUGCCACAAAUCAAACGCCGAUUUUAAUGAUGAGCAUUUUGCAUCCAAACAUUUUGAGAAGAUCGAGAAGUUGGCCAUGACCUCACCAUUCCCGCUUGCUCACCGUUCGUACCACCACCCGCCCACUCCAUUCCGGCAGUUCUUCAACUUGGACCCCCAAAGUCCAAAAUAUCUCCAACUUUCUGGUGGGCAGCGUGUCGUUUUUUUCAUCCCGAAGGUCAUCGGUAUGCACAGUGUUGUUCCGAUUGCGUUUUAAUGUUCUCCAGAGAGACACGCACACGUUUGUGAAAUAUGUUUGUACAUGUUACGAAUCAGCAUUAACAAGAGUGGAAAGUCUUUUUGCUCUUUGCUUGUUGUUGCUGUCUAGAUUAAUUUAUUUACCAAUGGCUUCAAUGUAAGAGCAAUAUAUUUUAUAUGGUUAUUUUUGCACAGCCAGCAAGACAUUUAAAUGAAGUGCAUGCUUACAUUUGCGCUUGACGCCGCCAUACAUUAGUCCUUCCGGUUUCACGUGGGUGUUCAACCGUGCCAUGUUUUUUGUCAGUAUUGUGGUCGCAUAUUGUUAUGGAGUUGUGCUGCCAUGGCAACCAUGGGAGAGAAAUAAAGACCCCUCCCCAACCCCCCUGAGGGAUGACCAACACGUCUAUGCAGUGUGAUCAAAUAAGAAUUUUGAAAAGGUCGCCGCAUUGUCCAACUUUAAAAAAAAAAAAAAAAAAAAAAAUCAUCUUUUGAGAUUUCUUGUUGACUUUUCUCAAGGUCGUAUUUUUAAGGUCUAUGCUCCUCUGCUGUCACGCUGAUUGUCGCCGGCUACGCUUCCAUCGACCGAUGGCCGCCUUCAGAGCUCUGGUUGAGCUCUCCGUGGAUUCACGCUCGCAGGAAUAAAAAGCCAUCUGAGGAGAGAACGUACCAUGAAGCCCGUGCAUACUCCCGCUUUGGAACCAAAUUGAGGUGAGUUGCGCAGCUUCAUUUUGACGAUUAUGUUGCUUGCUUUAUCAGUGCCUUGUUCAGUUUAAGUUUAUUUUAGACAAAAGUAGUGCUUUGCUGCCAUCUCAAAGGAACCAGUGAGCUAUUGCGCGUCAUUGAAACAAAAUUUGUGCCUUGCCAGCAUCUUGUUGGCAUCUUGGUGCCGAGGAACUAUGUUGAAGUAAGAUGAGGAGCUUCAUUUAGACAAGCUUUUGUGUUGAGGAACUAUGUCAAAGUGAUUUGUGACUGUCGCCUGCUCGUUUCUUUCCUAAAGAUGCAAGCAUUGAUUUGAAAUGUGGUGGUCAUUUUUCCCAAUGUAAUCGCACUUAAGCUAGGGGUUGUCAUGACGUCCAACAACACUGACAUCUCAAAUGACCUUGUAGCCACCAAUCGUGUUGUGGCCUGGCUUAAAAGGUGACGAUGGGACUUUGUGGGCUCGUAAUGCCGGAACGGAUUUUUGCUGCACGAGAGGAGAUGGUGCUUGCGUGUGUGCGUGUUUGUGUUUGCGCCAGUGCUUAUGUGUGGGCGUCCAUUUCGGCAUGUUUGAAUGCGUCCAUAAUUGUGCGUCCAUGUCAUCGGAUAACCAGAGCAUUGAUAAAAGCGGCUUAUGUUUAUGCUUUCCAAUUUCAGCUUGUCAUUUCAGGAUCAAACAUUUUUAAAUCCUGCCAUCGCCACACGGCCGCACUCUCCUACUCACCGAGCCCCAUCUCCACCGCCGUCGGGAUGGAUGGAUGCUUGCUUCCUGACAAAAACUCUUGGAGGUGAAACCCUAAAGCACACACACAUCAUUUCCUCAAUAUUAAAAGAGCACAGAUUGUAAGACUCCCCCACCAGGCGCACACGAUCUGCGCUGGCCCCAACGAUUGCGUGUGGAGUCUUUAAGUCUACAAGUCUGAGUCAUGGACUCGGAGUGCCAGAAGUCAACCUCAGACUUUAUUUUUAAUUUUUUUAAAUCACUUGAACAGACACAGAUGACGCAGGAAAGCUCACGUCACUGUCUCCAUGGCCGCUUCAAUCUUAGGCCACAAUAUUAGGUACACCUGUACUAUCGAGUUCCUCCAUCUAUUUACUGUCGCCCUCAUUCGGAUCACAUGAAAGCUGAAGCCAGGUGACUUUGGGUGCCAACCAAUUGCCAUUUUUGGUUUUGCCAUCACACCAAGCUAACAAUAACCAUUAAAGCAUUCUUGGAAAAUGUGAAGCUAACCAUUACAUUGCGGUAAUAUGAGCAUAAUAGAGUAUAAACAGUCGUCAUAAUGAGAGCGUAUUGACCUUGGCACGCAGUCUGCUUCAGCUCAGCUCCUUCAGACAGAAAAGAUUGAGAAUACAUUUAUCAUGUGAAAAAAACGAACCACAAUGACAUGAACAAGUGGAAUAUUCUUUUGAGUCUGACUGAUGGCAAAUGGACAGUAAAGCCGCUUUAGGAUUCGCAAGCAUUUUCCGUCGUGCUAGCUUGGAAAAUAUGAUAUCAAAAGUUUGCAUUUCAGUAUGAGAGGCUUGAAGGGAAGAUGUGGGUUUUUUCCUUCUUUUUUUUUGUGUCCUACCUGUUGUAUUAUUUAAAAGCGUUCAGAAAUAUUCCUGGCUCCUGUGGCUAAAUAAGACAUUGUUUAGUUGGAAAGACACAGCAAGCAUCAACACAUUUAUAUGCGACUCGUCUCAUAAACUGCAAGUAAGCUGUUGAAGAACAAAACAAACAAACAAAAAGUUUGCAAACAUAAUGCAAUGGAGAAGGAACAAUUAUGAAUAAGACACAUUAUUGCCACCCAGGAUUUUGUAUUUAUCAACAUAUAUAUUCAGGAACGUGUUGACGGACAAAAUAUUACAACACAACAGCGCCCUCUUGUGGACGCAUGAGGGAAUUUGCCAUUUUUUGCCAAACAUCCUACUUUAAAACAAUGGCACUAGCUUAAAAGCCUCCUUUGAAACUUUAACCAAAAUGUUUGCCUCUCAACAAGUCACCAGACUGUCAUGCCCCCCCC